AUUUAAUUACUUGGGGGAAGAAAGAAAACAGUUUGUCUACGAGAACAGCAACAAAAACAAAUUAUUAAGCUAUAUCCAUCUUCGACUUUUAGAGGACAGUGAGUGGACCUUGUUUUUUCUGAUGGUUGUUAGUCUUCAUGUAUAAACUAUUUUUGAAUAACCGGGAUUCGGUUGGGUGCGCCAUCAUCUCUAUCAUACAGGAUACAGGAUCUAAACAGGUGGGAACAUUGUGGAACCGGACAAUUUAUCUACCAGGAUUGGGCUGCUGUCUUUUUUUGUGGAAUUUCCUUCGUGCCUAAGUUACAGAGCUUCAACACCAAAGCUACACGGACACUUUCUCCACAUAACCCAAAGGUUAUAAGUAGAAGCUCAUGAAGUAGUAACGAGUUUAGCUGAUAUUGCCAAACAAAAAAUUGAGAAGUUGAGUAAGUCGCAGUAACACCGGUAUUUUUUUCUGUGGCUACUGUGUCGACCUCCUGGUAGUAGCGUGUUAAGGCUUUGUCCCAUUAUCCACCAACUUAAAAAGAAGAAUAGCACUAACGGGCUAGUCAUCUGAAACCCAGCCCAGGCGGAGACCAGAAACUCUGGAGUAACGAUAACUAAGAGGGAAGUUUUCCAUGCUUAGCUUUUAUCGCAACAGCCCGGAAUGACUGACCAAAAAUAUUCAACGUUGGAUGAAACGUCGCUUCGGAAUUUGCUCGAUGGAACCGUGGAUAUUGUGGAGCGUCGUCUCAUUAGGACAGCUAUACGGGAGCUGCAGCGGUGUGAGAUUGAGGACAUGGAAGCUGCCCUGACAAACAAGAGGUUCAGACGUGGUUUAGAGCACAGGCAUGAGGAUAAGGAAAAUCAACUUCGGCCUGAUGUGGCAGCAUCCUUGGAUAUGCUUUCAAGGAAGGUUGAGGACAUUCAAGACAUUGACACACUUUCUGCAAUGCUACAAAACACUACAGAGUAUGAAGAGAGGAAACUAAUUCGUGCAGCCAUUCGUCGACUUAGAGCUAAGGAAAUCCAGGGUGCACUAGAGAGGAUUCAGUUAACAGGACGGCAUGUGGAGCAGCCACAAAAUCCCCAAAGAAGAAUAAAUGUGGAGGACACACAGAGGGAAAACGUGGACAGGACAGAACGGAUUGAUAAACUCCAGAACCAAACGCGGCAUAAAGAGGCCCUGGCCACAGGUUCUAACUCUGACAUGGUGUUGGUAUUAGACCCGCUGCUCAGGGAGAGUGUGUCCUGCCCUUUGCCCAUCUGUGCUGGCUCGCCUCCGUCUGAUGCCCUACCUACGUACAAGGACUGCUCCGACUCCGCGGAGUCCGACCAAAGUGGAGGCUCCUUGCAUUGCGGAUGCCUAAAUUCGAGUGCCCUGGCGCCAUGCCAUGGCUCCUGCGUCUGCUCCACUUUAGUGUCCGACAUAUCUGAGCGAGGCACUUCGCAGAAAUGGGCUGCAGGGGCGGAGCCGGGAGGAGGCUCCUCACCGGGCACAAACUUGGGGGCUGGUGGUAACGCCCACGGGUCCGGCAAAGCUGUUGACCUGCACUCCACCACAACUGCUGUCACAGAGACACAAGACGAGGAGGUAAACGGCACGACCCCAGCAAGCACCCUGAACCUGGAGCCAAAUUGCCCCAGGGGAAGGCCUAAAGGCAGAGCCUUGAAACACCGUGAGGUCACAUUAGGCAUCGACACCUUGCUGUUUCCUCUCAACAAAGAUGCAGUAUUUACAAACAGACCCACGUCCUGUCAGCCACUCAGCCAGGCGGGCUCAGUCCCCGACAGUGUGUGCAAAUUUACAGAACCUUUGGAAACCUUGGUCCAGAGGAGGAAUGAGCAGCACAGCAUCCAGAGCCCAGAUACAUCUUCCCACUGCUCUCCUCUCCUUCCUUCCUCCUGCCUGGCUGCCUCUACUGCCCGUGGGGGUGGUCACGGCAACGACUCGCCCGCCCAGUCCCAGGCUUGUGCCGACCAAUCGCUAGGGGUUGUGGGUGGGUCGCAGAAUGCCGCUGAGAAUGUGAGGAGGUCCUCGUGCAGCUCAGAUGAAGGCCAGGCUCCCGAGGGAGAAGCAUCUUCAGGGAUAGCAGACACACACAGAGAUCCCCUUGCCAGCAUGAAGACCUUCCUCACCAUCGAGAUCAAGGAUGGCCGCACUGCCAGCCAGCAAUCACCAUUGUCUUCCUCCACGGCGGGCACUGUGAUGCCACGGAUCCUCUCUGGCCCUGGAGGACAGAGAUCGGAGCUGACACUUGGUCUGAGAGCAACACCAUUCAAGUUCAGCAACUCCAGCUUCUCAAUGGGAUCUUCCAUUAAGAUGGAGGAAUCUGCCUUUACGGUCGCCUCUGCGGUCCAGAUGGCCAGUGACGCUCCAGCGGUCCCUAAUGGCUCCUCGCUAGCUCAGCUGAAAAGUGAGGCGGCCAGCAGCAGCAGUGGAAGCAAGCUCACUUCAGAACAGCUGGAAGCCAUACAGGACGAAGAGAUCCUAGACAAAAUGCUUGAUGACUCCAAAGACUUUGAAGAGAGGAAAAUGAUUAGGGCUGCAAUGAGAGAACUCAGGAAGAAAAAGAGAGAAGCAAGGUUGGGAUGUUCAGUGGAAGAACUAGACCAAAGGGAGAAGGAGAGGGAGGUGCGUCUGCAGGAGCUGAGGCAACAGAGAGAGGAGAGGGCGCAGAAGGACCGGUCGGGCGCAGGCGAGGUGGUGGUGAGAAAGGUGGAGAAGUCUGUGGAUGGCUCCACUGUCAGCGAGAUCACAAAAACCAACCGCUUUGCCCAGUCAGACGAGGGCAGCCGGAUGUCCCGCAGCACCAUCACAGAAACCACUUGCACACAGAAGUCUGAUCGGGGGACCAUGCAGACCAAAUCCUACAGUUACUCUUCCUCCAGUUCGACCAAGAAAGUUGGAAGCGUGUUUGACCGAGAGGAUGAUUCAGCAUUGGAGCGCCGGCAGGCCGAGCGUAGGAAGGAGCUGGUGAGGGCACAGACGUUGCCCAAGACGUCGGCCGUGCAGGCACGCAGGGCCAUGAUGGAGAAGCUGGAUAAGGACAGUGGAAGCAGCCCAGCACAGGUGAACAAAGUCCACCGCUCCACCAGCUUCGGGGUGCCCAAUGCCAACUCUAUCAAGCAGAUGCUCCUCGACUGGUGCAGAGCCAAGACCCGUGACUACGAGAAUGUGGACAUUCAGAACUUUUCCUCUAGCUGGAGUGAUGGGAUGGCUUUUUGUGCCCUGGUGCACAACUUCUUCCCUGAGGCGUUCGACUACUCUGCCCUGAGUCCCAGCAAUCGACGACAGAACUUUGAGGUGGCCUUCAAAACAGCAGAGAAGCUUGCCGACUGUCCCCAGCUUUUGGAUGUGGAUGAUAUGGUGCGUCUGCGGGAGCCUGACUGGAAGUGCGUGUAUACGUACCUCCAGGAGUUCUACAGAGGUCUGGUGCAGAAGGGCUUGGUCAAAACCAAACACUCCACAUAAGGUCCAAACUGACACUGAACGUUUCAGUGGACCAACAUAACGUCAUAUCAAGAGCCUGGCCACGUUCACCAUCACUCAGUGUGUGCGAGAGUGAAUAGCGCAGUGAAAUCCAACGCCCAAACAUGGUCUUGGUUUGGGCCAGAGACACAAGGACAGAGCCCGCCAGGAUCAAAGAUUCCUGCUGUCUGCUUUAGCUACCAGUUUAGAACAUAUGAUGUACUGUUUUGUUUCCAAAACAAAGCCAGAAAUCCUUUCAUUUGCCAAAUGUCUUCAGGAAUAUUAACUGCCAACCAAUUAGCAUGGUCAUGUUUUAAAUUUGCACAAUAACCUGUAUUUCUUUUUGGCAAGAAAACUGAAAAUUAUAAUUAAUCUUACUGUAUAGGGGUCAUUUAAAGGAUAGAAUAACUACACACCUUCAACUUCCCAGUAUUAAUAAAUCACUGGUCUGUAGUAUAAACAUAUCUGCCCAUUUACUGCUCUGUUUAGGCCUAUUGAGGGGUAUCUUUGUAGGGUAGCAAAGGAAGUGAUGGGUCCAUUUCCUUUCCUAUUUCAAGCUGUGCUGGGUGAGAAUCAGUUUGGGGAUGUCUGUAAAUGUUUUCUAUAGUCCUCACAGAGUUGAUCUCCCACCUGCUGGUUAGUUGUGCAAGUGAUUUUUAUUUCACACUCCUCCUCAGUAAAUAUACAGAGUGUAUGUUUAUUCUCUGAUUCACUGUUCCUUUAUUGCUCCCUCAAUCUUUCUCCAUCAGGGCCUUUGCUAAUUGUAUGCCCUUGCUGGAAGUGGAGGACAUGAUGAUAAUGGGCAAGAAACCUGACUCCAAGUGUGUCUUCACCUACGUGCAGUCCCUGGUCAAUCACCUGCGUAGAUAUGAGAUGGCCUGUCAAGCUCUCUCAGACCACUGACCGCUUGCUGGUUCAACCCCCCGAGAAAACCUGAAGGCCCAUUCCAUGACACUCUGGUUGAAGACAGAACUGUUUCUUAGUUGUAUAUUGUUUUCCACACC